AAUCUUUAGGGAGGUCUUCAGCAGUUCUGGACCCCUAAGAAGUCCAGAUGGUUCUGUGUUUGGACCUGGUCUGUCCUGGUUUAAGACAGUAAUUGAACUUAUUGUUCUGGUUGUGGAAUAGUCAAGAUCCUACUGAUGUUUGGACCUAAGGAUUACCAUGAGCCGAAGGUCCAGAAGAGCCAGAUCUCUGUCAGUUUAUUGACAGAACCACUGAGAAGUCAGUCCUGUCCCUUCAGCUCUUCAAUCUGGACUCAGAACCCACCAGGACUCCAGGUUCUGAGUCCGCACUGAUCUUCUGAUCUAGUCUGCCACAUCCGACUGUGGGAAGUCGGAUGUGGCAGACUCCCCCAGCUGGCAAACUGAGCCCCACAACUCACAUAGAGGAGCAGUGGGAGGAGCAUCCCCCUCCCUCACAUACUUAUGUGGAGGCGCGUCGGCGCAGACCUGCAUCGCAGAAGCAGCAGCAGCAGCAGAAGACCGACACCCUGGAGCCCUGGUACUCCUACACCCACUGGUUCCCCAUGGCUUCAGGCCAUGUGAUGAAGGACGGCGGGCCAGAACCACCGCCCCCCCGCAUGCAACCGGCCAUGAUGAUGUUCUCCAGCAAGUACUGGUCCAGGAGGGGGAUGUCGCUGGACUCAGCCAUGUUUGACCACCGGAACCAGAACCUGCCGCAGCAGAAACACACUGGGGGGCAGAUGUCAAGGCGAACGUCCUUCUGUCCCAUCAAUGAGAGGCCAGACAAUGAGGCUGCAGAGGAUUCUGGGAAAACAGCAGUGGUCUUUUCUCUAAAGAAUGAAGUGGGCUGUCUGGUCAAAGCUCUUCAGCUGUUUCAGGAGAAGCGGGUCAACCUGAACCACAUCGAGUCCCGGGUUUCAAAGCGGGUUCCUAACGAGGUGGAGAUCUUUGCAGACUGCAACUGCAGUCAGAAAGAGUUUGAGGAGCUGCUGCAGUUUCUCAGAGACAACGUCAGUGUUGUGUCCACAAACACUCCAGCACACGUGUGGGCAGACGAUGCAGAUGAUGAAGACGUUCCUUGGUUUCCUAUGAAGAUCUCUGAGCUGGAUCAAUGUUCUCACCGAGUGCUGAUGUAUGGAUCUGAGCUGGAUGCAGAUCAUCCUGGUUUCAAGGAUGAGGUUUACCGCCAGCGCAGGAAGUACUUUGUGGAAGUGGCCAUGAAUUAUAAGUUUGGGCAGCCUAUCCCUCGUAUUGAGUACACCCCAGAGGAGGUGAGAACUUGGGGUGUGGUGUUCAGAGAGCUGAGCAAGCUGUACCCCACCCACGCCUGCAGGGAGCACCUAAAGAACCUGCCGCUGCUCACCAAACACUGCGGCUACCGAGAGGACAACAUCCCCCAGCUGGAGGACGUGUCUGUGUUCCUCAAAGAGCGUUCAGGCUUCACGGUGCGGCCCGUCGCAGGCUACCUGUCUCCUCGAGACUUCCUGGCUGGUUUGGCAUACAGAGUAUUCAACUGCACUCAAUACAUUCGUCAUGGCACCGACCCGCUCUAUACCCCUGAACCGGACACGUGUCAUGAGCUUCUGGGUCAUGUUCCUCUGCUGGCUGAUCCGAAGUUUGCUCAGUUCUCCCAGGAAAUCGGUUUGGCUUCUUUAGGAGCCUCGGAUGAGGAUGUUCAGAAACUGGCGACGUGUUACUUUUUCACAAUCGAAUUUGGACUCUGCAAACAAGACGGUCAUCUGAGGGCCUACGGAGCCGGACUGCUGUCCUCAAUCGGAGAGCUCAGGCAUGCUCUGUCUGACAAAGCCUGCGUGAGGAUGUUUGAUCCGAAGACGACGUGCAACCAAGAGUGUCUCAUCACCACCUUUCAAGAGGUUUACUUUGUCUCUGAGAGUUUUGAGGAGGCCAAGGAGAAAAUGAGGGAGUUUGCAAAGACAAUUAAGCGUCCAUUCUCUGUGUACUACAACCCGUACACACAGAGCGUGGACCUGCUCAAAGACACGCGCAGCAUCGAAAACGUGGUGCAGGACCUGCGCAGCGACCUCACCACCGUCUGCGACGCUCUGGGGAAGAUGAACACCUACCUGGGCAUCUGAAGCCCCACCCUCACAUGCUUCAGGAUUUAUGAAUGUCUCAAAGCAUCGCUCCUCAUCAUUUGUUCAUGUAUAACCUGAUGUUCUGUGAGUCCAAGACAGAACUCAAAGGUCCAGUCAAAAACCACUUCCUGCGUGGUGUGGAUGAAGUCGGUUAUGUGUUCCAAAGUAUGCAGGUGGAGAUCUGUUCUGCCUGAACAACCAGAACAUCCCUGGUUCUGCCCGUGGUUCGGGAUCAGGACGCAUAGUGGUUAGAUCUUACGUGUUUGUUUGGUUUUGAUUGUUGCCUUGCUCUGUUGUGUCAUGUUGUAUUUCUGUGAAGUGACUUCUGAACACUUUCUGCUGACCUGAACCAAUAAAAUGACCCUCUGGA